CUACGCUGCUGACGUGUAGGUUAGGGAAGCGACUGUCGAGCUGUCUUGAGCCGCUGCUAGCUCGUAGCUCCUUCUCUUCAUCACAAAGCGUUUGUUUCUCCACUGACAGCUCAUAAUGAAAUCAUCUAACGCAGAAAUAAGCUUCACGAUGAAAUAACAACGGGACACGAAGCGGGACUACUGCUCAGGUGUGUUUGAGGCAGAGGAUUUAUGAAGAAGAGUGAGUGACCUGCACGAACACGAUGGGGAAGAGGAGGGUGCCAGAUCUGUACAGAGCCCCCUUUCCCUUGUACUCGGUUAAAGUGGACCCCAGAACAGGGCUGGUGAUCACAGCAGGAGGAGGAAGGGCCUCGAAGACCGGCAUCAAGAAUGCUUUGCAAUUCCUGGAGCUGCAGCUGGUGGGAGAACACUCGUACUCUGCCACCCUCCUUCACUCUCAUGACACGGACACUCGGGCCACCAUGAACCUGGCGCUGGGUGACGGGGUGAUCGCCGCGGGUCAGGACGGGACCUGCUGCCUGAUGAAGUUCAAGCACGGCUCGCAGAAGAAAGACGGCAAAGCUGCGGGUAAAGACGCGGGGAGCAGCGUGCAGAAAGGAAACGCCCGGAGACGGACGGGGAAAGGAGACAAAGGAGGACAGGAUGGAGCUGCGGCGUCAGGAGACAUGCUGGACACAAAGGAUGAGACGGUCCAGAUCUCCGUCACCGGUCUGGCUGAAGUCCAGUCAGACCUGAACCCUCAGGACCCGCUCCAGAAGGUGGUCCGCUUCAGUCCUGACCUGAGCCUGCUGCUGACAGGAGGCACAGACGGACACAUCCGAGUGUGGGAGUUUCCGUCCCUGAAGAAGAAGUUUGACUUUAAGGCUCAUGAAGGAGAGAUUGAAGACCUGGAUAUGAGUCCAGGGAACAAGCACCUGGUGACGGUGGGCCGGGACUUCGCCUGCAGCGUGUGGAGUGGGAACCAGUUAGCCAUGGGUCUGAAGUGGUUUGAAACGAUGCCCCACAUAGCUGACAAGACGUAUCGGUAUAUGGCCUGCAGGUUUGGGAAGGUGGAGGAUCAGAAAGACGCCCUGAGGCUCUACACGGUCCAGAUCCCCCAACGGGACAGAAAACCUCCGCCGUGCUUCAUCACUAAGUGGGACGGGCGGAGCUUCCUGCCCAUGCUGACGGCACCAUGCGGCUCCGAGGUCAUCUCCAGUCUGGCAGUCAGUGAUUCUGGAACGUUCCUCGGUCUGGGAACUGUGACGGGAUCCGUGGCCAUUUACAUCUCCUUCUCCCUGCAGAAGCUGUAUUAUGUGCAGGAGUCUCAUGGGAUCGUGGUCACCGACCUGGCCUUCCUGCCUGAACACAGACAAAUCAGAGGGAACAACGAGGCGGCCAUGUUGAGUGUGGCGGUGGACAGCCGAUGUCAGGUUCACACUGUCGCCAACAGAAGAUCAUUUCCCAUCUGGUUGGUCCUCUUCUUCUGUGGUGUCAUGGUGGUGGCGGCCGUCCUCCUCCUUCAGCACCUCUUCCCGGGAUUCAUUUAAAUCAUGAAGGUGUGUGGUCACGGGUCACAGGUGACACCAGCAUCCUCGCUCUGUGUGAGGAUCUACCCGCGGCACAGACCCCGUCUCCUCACGUCCACUCGGGGGUCGCUGCUCUCAGAAGUCUGACGCAAAGUGAAACCAGUUAAAAAAAGAAAUCUACAAACCAGAGGAACCGGUAAACGAGGACAGACUGUGGUGUUCUACCAGCGCUGAAGAAAGGAUCAUUUAUAAGUGUUUGGAUUCUUGUUGAAGGGCUCAUGUUGGUGAAUGUAUAAUUGAGGGAGGGGCUCUUUUUAUCCACAUAUUUAAGGAAAGAUGUAAAAUAUACUACAGAUACUUUUAAUACCUGCGAGUCUCUGGGUGUGUUUUCUGUUAAAUCCACCAGAGGGCAGCAGAGGACAGAAAGUUCUUAUUGAGAGCCUUAAAUCAUCCGUCAGCCUCUGAACAGUUUGUUUUAUUUCAAACAGCAUCAUUAUGACGUCCAGUGAUUAUUUAACACAAAUAAUUGGGUUUAAUUUAAAGAAAACAGAUUU